AUGAAACAUCUGAAUGCGACUCUUAUCAUUGGAGUUACCAUAGUCUUCCUAUUCCUCAACAUUUAUGGACUGAUUGAGAUUCUUCGGUUCUUACGAGACAAACAGCUCCAACGGCUUAAGCUUCUUGAAGCCGAUGGGCAGCUUGACGAUGGCAGUGUGGAAUCUGUGGAAGAAACGACAACCAGACGUCCCGUCGUCAGCAUAACACCAUCUACAACUGUUCGAACGACGUAUCGCACCAGAAUCACGCCUACACCAGCCCACACAACAACUACGACUUUGCGAACACUACCACCAACGACAACACCACCACCAACGAGAACCCCACCGCCUACGAGAACCCAACCCCCAACGAGAACCCUACCACCAACAACCACACACAGACAUCAUGGAUAUGGCAUCCAUGGCAGACCAUAUCCCAGUGAACAUCCACAUCGACAUCAUCACACUGCCACUCCUCAUCACAGAUUUCAUCCAUAUUUCAUUUCUUCAACGACUACCUCAACUGCUCCACCGAGAAUUCACAUCACUACCAACAAGGUUUUUGUGAGUGAUCGAUUGAUUUUCUAA